ACUCCCAAAAUAAUUCCGCAGCAAUCCACAGAUUUUUACGAAAAUUCUUUGCAGAAAUAGCAAAAAACGUUCGCAGAUUCUUUCUGGCCCUAUCCAUCAGCCAUUAACUUUAAUGCAGAAGUAUGAGCCCCAUCACAGCUAAACAGAUGAAAUGGGGAGUCCACAGUCCUGAGCUAGAUCUGAUUGAAAAUCUCUGAAAAACCCUUAGUGGCAAAAUUGUGACACAAUCCCACUACAGUUACCAAACUGUGGAAGAGGCUGAAACAGCACGUUUGUGCUGUCGUAAAAUAAAACAACAUUAUACUUAUUUUCUAUUAUAGAAUUGAUUUAAAUGUUGAUAAAAUUACAAAUUAUAAUACUGACACUAGUUUCGUCUCGUUUUUAGACGCAAUAUACAGAUCCCAUAAAAUCAAAAAGCUUCAGAGUGGACCUCGACCACACUGCUUUGCUCGGUCGUUUGGUUUCUUUGACUCAUCACGAGUCUGGCCGGUAAGAACAGCUUCAAACCGGUUCUUUAUAUCACCGGAUAAAAGGGCGCACGCUGAGAAAAAUACACGCAGUCACGGUCGUGCUCUAACUGCGACUUAAUAUUGAUUAAAACAUAAAGUAACACUGCGUUUUAAUUUCUGAAAGCACCUCUCCUGUCACCACUUUACUUUGCUCCUCUGGGGGUAAGACGCAAGUCCCCUAAUUCUUGAAAGAACAAAAUGUACUUCUAUUUAAGCACAUAGGCUCUAAAGCACAGACGUGAAUGUUUGUUCCUGAAUUAAGUGGUUGUUUAUUGUCAUACGAGUCGGGGAGAAACCUCAGCGCGCUUCUGUUGCGCCGCCGUGCGCGCGCUGGAGAGAGAGGUGGGUGCGCGCUACAAACGGCACCAAGUCUCUUCGCGACUGCGGGAUUUCAAAAAUGUGUUGGACUAAUAUAAAGGGAACAGGGCAGUCCGGUCGGUGGUCUCUCCCCCUUCUAGGUGUGGUCUGUGUUCAGGAGUGUUCAAAACGAGCCGGCGCGCGGUUCUGGACUGGAGAAGGUAUUCAGCGGAGAAGCGCGUGAGAGACUGGCCUCUGGUCCAGUGGGGACGAGCGGUUCAGCGCUCUGCGAGUAAGAGCAACAUCCACCUGCAGUCUGUGUGUAAACUGUAGUCAGUGUAACAUCAGUGCUGAGAAUGGCUGCUGUGAAGAGAGAGAGUGCUUUAGAUGGUGGAUGGGGAUGGAUGAUUGUGGUGGCCUCAUUCAUGGCCCAGUUUCUGUCUUUUGGAUCACCUCAGUCUGUCGGGGUGUUGUAUCCCGAAUGGCUCAAUGCCUUUCAGGAAGGAAAAGGCAUGACAGCUUGGGUCGGAUCCAUGGUAUCUGGGGUUGCACUCAUCACUAGCCCAGUUUGCAGUGCCUGUGUGGAUAAUUUCGGCGCUCGACCGGUAACCAUCUUCAGUGGUGUGAUGGUGGCCGGAGGGCUGAUGCUGAGCGCAUUUGCUCCAAACGUCUCUUUCCUCAUCUUCUCCUAUGGCAUUGUUGUUGGCAUGGGCUGUGGACUUGUCUAUGCUGCCACACUGACCAUAACCUGCCAGUACUUUGACAAGAGGCGUGGCCUGGCGCUGGGCAUCGUCACUACAGGUACAAGUGUGGGCGGCUUCAUUUACGCCACGCUCCAGAAUGAGCUCAUUGAGUUGUUUGGUUUGGAGGGCUGUCUGCUUAUCAUUGGGGCGCUGGCGCUCAACUUGAUGGCAUGUGCCGGGCCAAUGCGACCUUUGAACUUACCUGGCUACUACCUGAAACAGAGAGCUGCCCUACAACGCACCGAGGAACCAGAACCACUCUAUACCAAACCAACUGCCAUUAUCAUUGACUCUGGAUCUGAUCUCAAAACCAAACCCGGCUCAGCCGAAAACCCUACCACCAUGAAACUGUUGAUCACCAAAGAGCCUACAGAGCUGCAGGACAGUGACGGAGAACGGAAAGUCCACAUAUUGUCUAGUUCAAUAAUAGCACGAGCCAUUAAGAAGUGGAUGCGUCCCUAUGGACAGUAUUUCUGCGAAACUGUAGAGCUCCUACAGGACCGGGUCUUCAUGGCUUUCUGUAUCACCAUGUUUCUGUUUAGCUUAGGAGCAUUUCCACCUGUGCUCUUCAUGGAGGACGUGGCCCAGAGUGAAGGGCUUAUUGAUGGGAUUGCGCUGAUACCGCUGGUCUCCAUUGUUGCUAUGACUACAGGCAUCGGUAAGCUGAUUCUGGGUGUGCUGGCAGACAUGCGAUGGGUCAACAGUCUGUAUCUGUACGCCCUAACGCUCAUUGGCUCUGGAACUGCUCUGCUUCUCAUCCCGGUGUCCAAGAGCUAUUUGGGGCUACAGAUUCUUUCAGCUGCAGUUGGGUUUUUCUCAGGGAACUGGUCUCUUACAUCAUACAUCACUACUAAGAUUGUGGGCAUUGAACGGCUUGGUCAGGCACAUGGGAUUCUCAUGUGCUUCGGAGGGUUUGGAAUUGCACUUGGGCCACCAGUUGUAGGUUGGUUCUUCGACUGGACUCAGUCAUAUGACCUGGCGUUCUACUUCAGUGGCACUUGUGUUUUAGUGUCUGGUGUGUUUCUGUUCUUGGCUGCACUGCCUUGCUGGAACAGGACGACACAAGAGGGAAAUUCUCAAGCAGAAGCGGAUGUAAACACUUCUCAACAGCAGCACUCUUUUGACUGUGACAAAGUAGCCUCCGUGGCUUGAACAAUAUUGCCUUUAACAUUCUGGUGAACAUGCAGAUGUUUGUCUGCUUUUUCUUACCUGGCUAUUUGACAAGGGCAUUUUACUGAUGGUGCCAAACUGAUUCUUUGGUUCAUUGUGAGAAGAUGUUUUUAUACAUUUCCCACAACCUUGGUAUUUUUUAUUAUCAAAGGGUAUAUUCGUUUUUUCCCUAGAUGCUCAUGAAGACUGCUUCAUUUUUGAGGCCUAUAUCUAUAGCAGAAGUUUAUAGUGUUUGUUUAUAGUAUUUUCAGUAGAUUGUUUACUGGACACAGAUUAUUAUUAUUAUUAUUAUUAAGUUUAUUAUUAUUAUUAAGUUUAUUAUUAUUAUUAGUUCUUUUGUGUAGACUUUGAUCACUUGCCUUGUUACUUUACUCUGAGACAAAUGGACUCACUGAUUUCACCAACCAGUGAAAAUACACAGUAGUUUCCAUUAAUAAGCAUGCAGAAAAUUAUAGAAUGUGUGAAUGGGAUUUUUCACUGCAUAUAUAGCAUGAAACGCAUAGAAAAAAUGACAAUCCAAAGAUUUCUUUCUUCUUUUGCCCUGUUAAGGACUUAAAACAAGUAACAAGGACUUCAAACAGAGAGGAAAUGCACUUUUAAGCACUCUUUUAAAUAGCCAGUGACUGCACAGUAUUUUUCUACAUUUUUUUUCCAUUCACAACAGCUUCCGGUGCAUCAUCUCCUUUUAUUAUAACCAAAGUGACAAACAAUUUUUUUUUUAAAUCUAGAAAAAAGGCCCUAUUUUGAAAUGUACUUACUUAUGUUUAUUGUUAAGAUAUACCUCAGCAUGUUAGUCAUUUUGAAACAUAAGAACAUGCUGAUGAAAAAUCACCAAAAAAAACAAAACAAAACCAAGAGGCUGAGUUUGGCUGUAAUGUACUGUAAGUGUGUAUGUGUGUGUCUGGUAAUACAGUCAUCCUCCAUAGUUUUUUUCAACAGGCUGGUCCCUGAAAACGUUUUUGUAUAGUUAAAAUACCAGUUCAGUAAUUUCUUUUUUAAGUGUUAGUGUAUAAUUUAAAAUAUUAGCAAAGGAAUGUUGAGUAGAGGCCACUACACUUGUGACCAAACACUUGCUUUGAGUCUUGAGUGAACAUUUGACAGGGUGCAUAAUAAUUCUAUCUAAAAUGUAUCGUUGUGCCUUUAUAUAAUAUCUCAGUCUUGUUUCUUUUGUACUGUACCAUUUGUUCAUUUUUAAGUGAUAAUAAAAAGAUUUCUAUGACAGGCAUCAAAACUUCACCACA